AUGUCACGCCGUGGAGCACGUCAACUUCCAAUUCAUCGUCGUAAGUUCAUUUUUUGGAAUUUUCUAGGAUUACUGUAGAUCAGAUAAGACUUGGAAAAUGUGUGUUUAUUUGGAAAAAAUAUUCGGAAAAAAUUAAUGGGACCAAAAAAAAAAUUGUUCCAAAUGAUUGAUAACAUAAAACAAAUCGGAAAAUAAUUUUACAACCCAAAAGGUUUUUUGAUUUAAAAAAAAUAUAGAAAAUUAUGAUCAAGUUUUCGAACCGGAAUAAAAAUUUUGCGAAAUCCAGUUUUUUGCAGGUUCUCGAUCUGUUCAUCAUUUUCCACCUCCUUAUCAAGUCAUUACUGAAACAUAUACAAAAGAAACAACAACUCGCCCAUUUGAUGAAUGUCGAACUGCAACUCCAGAUACAGUAAUUUAUCGGGGAAAUCAUAACCCAAAUCAAAAUCUUCGAAAAUAUCCAGUUAUCCGAGUUGAUAGCCCAGUUGGAUCAAAAUAUAGUGAAAUUUAUCGAGAAGUUUUAGAUUAUGAAACAUAUUCGAAAAAUGAUGGAAUUGCACUUCGUAAACCACUUCCAGAAUAUAAUGAAUAUAUCAAUUCUCGAAAUAUUCCAUGUGAUGAAAAUCAAAAUUCAAUUCCAAUAAGUCGGCCAAUUCCAAGACCUCGCUCAAAAUCUCCAUUGCCUCCACCACAAAAAGCACCACGUGGACAUAUUCGUUCGAUUUCUUCAGAAACUGAUCAAAGAUAUGUUUAUACACAUGAUGUUUAUGUUGAUUCAAAAACUGGUCGACCAUUUACACCAGGAAGAGAAACUGAUAAAAAUGGGCCAAGAUUGAAAAUUAAUGUUUAUUUUAAACCAGAAGGUGUUGAACCAAUUUAUACAUUAGAUGAAAUUGAAAUUGCAAAAGAGGAUUGUGGAUUGAUUUCAUCAAAAAAUAAUAGUUUCUCACAAAAUGGAUCAUUUGAGCAAAAACCAAUUGCAAAUCCAAGACAUAGUCGACCACAAAGUUGUUCUUCAAUUUUGAGAAAAGAAUCGGAAAUUGUACAAGUCCCAAUUAAUUUGGCAUCAAAUGAAGUUUGUCGAGAAUCAAGUCGAAUUGAAUCCGAAUUACGUAGCUCAAUAAAUCGACCACCAACAAGGUGAUCUUUUAUUUUGUUGAAAAAUUGAAAAUUCAAAAAUUUUCAGAGCAUCUGAAUGUCAUUCAACACAAAUUCAUGGAACGCCAGUCAGGUGAGAAUUCAUGAAUCAUAAAUUUGAAUUUUAAAAAUCUGACCAAUUUUCAGAAAAGAAUCUCAAGUUGUACAAGUUCCAAUAAAUUUGGCAUCAAAUGAAAUUUGUCGAGAAUCAAGUCGAAUUGAUUCGGAAUUACGUAGUUCAAUUAACAGACCACCAACAAGGUACAGUAAUCAUUUUGUUUUUUGUUGAAAAAACUGAAAAUUCAAAAAUUUUCAGAGCAUCUGAAUGUCAUUCAACACAAAUUCAAGGAACGGCAGUCAGGUGAAAAUAAAUCAAAGUUUUUCCAAAAUCUGACCUAAUUUUUUGUUAGAAAGGAAUCGGAAAUACGCACGACUUCAUCUGAAAUAAAUGAAGUAUUCAGACAGUCGACAAGGUCAUCAGAAAUCAAUAGAAAUGAACCAUGUCAACAAUCUACAAGGUGAGACAACAUUUUUUGUUGAAUUAUUAUUUCAGGCAAAAUUCUGAAUUCAGGGCGUCUGAAAUCAUCAACGAGGAGUACAGAAAAUUGAGCAGGUUUGAAAUUUAAUUAAUUUUUUUUUCAUUUGUAAAUAACAUGUUCUAGAUGUUCGGAAGUUAAUAGAAAUACAACUCCGAUUCAAGAAUGUAAACCGAUUGAAAAUAGUAGAACACCGAGUGAAAGAACAAUUACAAUUGAAAGAAUUGAAGAAUCAUCAAUUGAUAUGGAUUUGAUAUUCCCAAAAUGUCCACCAACAAAUGUUAGACCACCUUCAAGAUCUACAAUUUGUACAGUUCCAUUAGCAAUUGAAGAAAAGUUUGAAGAUCCAAUUCCAUGUCGAUCGCCAUCUUUGCAAAGGUAUUGAACAAGUUUAUUUGAAUGAAAAUAACCAGAUGUGACAUUUUUCAGAGGAAUUCCAAAAACUGAUUACACCGAUAGAUCUUCGAGUUGUGCAAUCGAAGAAAAAUUUGAUCAUCGUGAACCAAUAGAAUGCAAACCAACAAUAAUUCCAGGUUAUCAACCGAAUUUCAAAUAUCCACCACAAGAUUAUCAUGAUAAAUCGACAAAAUAUGAGAGAACUGAGGAAAAUAUUCCAAAAUCACAAAAACCAAACACAACACAAAAAGGUUCGCCGAUCGAAGAAAUUAUUCAUAUAAAAGAAAAAUACGAAAAAGAUGAAACUAUUCGCCGUUUUUAUCCAACAACUACUACAGUUUGA